CCAGAUGAGAGGAUGCAGCAGGAAGCAGAUGAGAGACUGAGCCCCACCUGAGCCGUGACCCCUCACCUCCCACCUGAGCCCCCCACCCAGCUGUCCCAUCAUGCACCUGCCAUUUCGAGGUCGUCUGAAGCUGCUGGUGGCAUCUCUGACCGCCGUCAUCCUGCUUACCUGGCUCUACCUGCUGGCUGGGAACCUGGAGAGUAAGUAGUACCUGCCAGUCGCCAUGGUUACAUGGCUGACCGGAACUACUUUUCCAUUGAACUGCAGUAGGAAGGAAUGGGAAACACAAGUAUGCAUGUACUGUAGCUACUUUAAAAACACAUUAAACAACGGUGUACAGAUGUUGUGUCUUAAUUUGAUCAUCCUGUUGUUGCAGGAAUUGUUCUGCACUGCAGGAAAUGCAAACUUGUAGUGCAUCCAAGAUUUAAAAAGUAUUCUAAAGUUUGUAAUUUCCAUUUUAAAAUGUCAGACUUGAUUUUCCCUAACGGAAAUUAACUCGAAAUAAUGUUUAUGACCUCAAAUAACAAUAACUGUAACAACCCUUUUUAUUAUGAACUUGGAUAUCAACGUUGCCACUUCAGCAUACUUAUGUGGCACAGUCGAUGCCAUGCAGGGCUACAGGCCAGAAGUUCAAGGGUUCGCCUACCACCACAGACAAACUCACUCUCUCUGCCUGUUUCAUUACGGCCCUGCCACACUAUAGCCAUCGGGCGUCUGGCAUUGCCAUCAGCCGAUGAGGCUAUGCUUCCUUUGAAAUCAAUGAAAGCUGAUUCACUGCCUGUGUUGCGCUCGCGUUGCAUCAUGUCCAAUGGCAACAUCCAAGCUCAAGAAUCAGAGGUUCAAUUCUCGAUGGCUGAUGCAAACGUUCAUUCUAUCUUGUGAAUUGAAAUAAUGACAAACAAAGUUGAUUUUGGUGGCAUAUGGCAACGACUAUACACCACUGGUUAUUUUAGUAAGAUUUAUGAAGUCAAGAAGCUACUACUAGCUAGCUAGUUACAUUGACUAGCUAGGUUCAAAAGGUUCAAAAGGUUCAAAAGCAGCUUGUGUAAUUAGAGGAUAAUUUAGUACAACCACUAGCAACAAUUUAGUGAGUACUUGCGGAAAACUGGACCAAAGCUAUUGUACAUACGCAUAAUGGAUGAAUAUGGUACUGUACAGUAGGCAAAAUAGAAUAAAGAUUCUGCUCCUGUCCGCUCUCAAAACAACGCACUCUGUGUAGCAGGUAAAACUUCACAUUGAUGUGACGCUGAUGACAAAUCAACGCAAUAUAUAUAGUGGAGCUGAAGAGUAACACUACAAUCAGAGCCAGCUGCAGACAAUGAUCAGCUAGGGGGAAAUCAGAUUUUCAAACAUUUUGAUGUCAUAUAAUUAUAUAAAAUAUUUGCAACACAUUUUUCACCAACAGGUACCACACAACCAAUAAACAAAGCAUACCGACUUCGGGCACUUCAAUAUCAUGGUUUGCAUUUUCAACACCACAAUAAAUAGACUAUGUCAAUCUCAACAAACAGAAAAUACAUCCCUCCAUACAUUGUAGGCUUAAUCAGUAUCAAAGGCUUGGCUUGAGAAUCCCUGAAUAUCAUUAAACUUUUGGGUGUUUUGUAACAGAUGUCGCUUUCCAUUCAUCAAAUGGCCGCUGCACAGUUUGGAUUGAUUUGAUUGAGUCAAUAAAAAAAAAUACAUAUACACACAGUAUAAAGGUUUUUCAAAGUGACCGAGAUUGCACAAUAAAGUCGGAUUUAUUUCCAUUGUGGUCCCUAUUUUCUUGCAUAGAUACAUAUACAAUUACAUAGAUACAGAUACAUUACAGAGAUACAUAUACAAUUACAUAGAUACAGACAAAAAAAUGCUAGACCUCUAGAUGAGUAUGAGGGGGAAGUUUAAAUACAAAAUCUUACAAGCUUGUUUUGGCUGGUCUGUAGCUUAUUCUUUAGAUGUUUGGGGUUACUGGUAAACCACUGGACUAGCGCACUUGCCAGAGUCUUUAGGGUAUCUAUAUAGCUAGGUUUCCAUCCAAUUGGCGACAGAUUUUCAUGUGAAUAUUCAAAACUUUGCAUAAAAACAAUAUGGUCAUUUUCCCAUCAGAGUUGUGUUUCCAUAAAUACGUAGUCCACAUACAAAUAACUUUUGUAGUUAAAUUCCCAUGUACCGAAUAAAAAAUACAAGUUAAAUGGUUUCCAUCGCAUUUUAAACUCUAAGCCUACUGAUUGUUUUGUCACAAAACAUAUUGCGUUGGUAUAGUAAAUGUGCCCACUCUGGUAUUGGCACGUGCGCUCUAGCCAACAACUCGCAGAUACAGUGCGGGUAUAGCCUACAUGAUGAGAUUAUUGCGGACAAAAGUGCAAGAUUAUUUUUAUUUGUCAAACGCCAGCCAAGCAUCGAAAUGUAACCAGAAUAAGUCCCUUGAUAUUGUCACGAUCGUCAAAAGGAGCGGACCAAGGCGCAGCGUGAUAUGAGUACAUACUUUUAUUUUAGUACUUUCAAAUACACAAAACAACAAAACGAUAUGUGAAGUCCUCGGUUAUACAAUACAAACCAACACGGAACAAGAUCCCACGAAUAACAAGUGCACACAAGGCUGCCUAAGUAUGGUUCCCAAUCAGAGACAACAAGCAACAGCUGAUUCUCGUUGCCUCUGAUUGAGAACCACCCCGGCCAACACAGAAACACAUAACCUAGAACAUACCAUAGAAACACGAAACAUAGACUCUACACAACGAAACUAACACCCUGGCUCAACAUACAAGAGUCCCCAGAGCCAGGGCGUGACAGAUAUUUAUUGAAAGGAGCAUCAAGCUCAUCACCUUGCACUUUCACCACCCUGUGAAGGUCAUCAUAAAUUAUUUCAUCUGUAGCCUAAUAAACUGAAUGCUUUCCCAUGAUAUCGUGACAUUUUUUAACCGACAUGUACUUUACUCACAUAAAAAGGAAGGAUGGAAACCUGGUUAAUAUCAAGUCAUUUUGAGGAUGCUGGAAUUAUAUUUUGGAUGAACGUGUGCAUGCCUACAGGAGACUUUUAAAGUAGCCUAAUCAGAUGAAAACAUUGUGACUGGUUGUGUUUAUGCCACAUAUAAAAGGCAACACGUUUUACAAGUUAAAUUAUAUAGGCUAUAUUGAAGUGUUAGGUUCUAGGUGUGCGAGGAAUAGGCUCGGAUUGGGAAGCAGAGACCACGUUAAGCUUUCCUGAAUAACUGAGGCUGCCGGGAGCAUAUGUGGCCACAUUAUUAUAGGACGAUUUGGGAGAAUGAUGAUCUGCAACAGACAGCGCAUUCAGUAUCAGAAGUAAAAAUACAUCCAGUCUGGCCUGCUACUGUGCUUUUCUAGACCUUAUAAACUGUCGAGAGUAGACCCACAACUGUUCCAAAUGGAAUGAAACAUUCAAAUCACAAUUUUGCGUCAUUAUUCAAAUGACAUUUUCACUGCAGCCUAGAGUAGAAUUUUGAAUUGCCCCUAAACAAAAUCAAUAGGGGAGCUUUUUGAGCUGCGUGUCUCAUGUCUUCAAUGUUAUUUCCUGCACAAUGAUGCACCUGGCCUCAGCUAUUCCUAUUUGUUCUUGUGGCUUCAUAUUGAAAAUGUAUGCAGCUUUGAAUGCUUUUAUGUGUGGUAUGAUUGCCAGUUAGCCUAUUGCAGAUCUAGACAAAUGGUGCACCUACCACUAUUGUCACGAUGAAUGGUGGAUAGAGGGCAGGAUAGACUGGUAGACUACAUUUGAGUAUACCAAACAUUAGGAAUACCUUCUUAAUAUUGAGUUGCACCCCCGUUCAAAGGCACUUAAAUCUGUUGUCUUGCCCAUUCAACCUCUGAAUGGCACACAUACACAUUGGCACACAUACACAUACUCGUCUCAAGGCUUAAAAAUCCUUCUUUAAUCUGUCUCCUCCCCUUCAUCUAUACUGAUUGAAGUGGAUUUCACAAGUGACAUCAAUAAAGGAUCAUAGAUUUCACCUGGAUUCAUCUGGUCAGUCUAUGUCAUGGAAAGAGCAGGUGUUCUUAAUGUUUUAUAUACUCAAUGUAUAUUGACAUGUGGUAUAGUAACAGUUUGAAUGCUGAAAAGCGUUGUGCAUAAGUUAAGUACCAAAAAACCUAUAUAGGGAGGCACAUGCAAGAGAUGAGGAAAUGGCUAAGCAGAAUUAAAUUAAAACAUUAAUGAAUGGAAGAAUAUGUAAUAAAACAUUGCAAAAUAGCAAUAAAUAACAAGAAAAAAGGUGGGCUAAUUUCGGAUGGGCUGUGUACAGGUGCAGUGAUCGUAAGGGGCUCUGACAACUGAUGCUUAAAGUAUAUGAGGGAGAUAAGGUCUCCCUUCAGAGAUUUUUGCAAUUGUUCCAGCAUUGGAGCAGAGAACUGGAAAGAAUGGCGGCCAAGGAGGUUUGCUUUGGGAAUGACCAGUGAGGAUAUACCUGUGACGCAGACUAGGGUGGGUGCUCUAGGGGACCAAUGAGCUACGAUAUAGGGGAUUGCUAAGAUUUUAAUGGCGGGAUCGUGGGUUAACGAAAUUAGUAGACCAGCAAAAAGAGGUACAGUCACAGGUGGUAGGAUGGGUCGAGACAAAACGAGGCAUGAUAGACUACAAACCAAUUUGCGAGUAAGUGGUGGAGGCAUUUGGUAAAUUACAUCGCCAAGUCAGGAUUUGGUCUUGAUGGAACAUGUGAUAUAAGUUAAAUCAUGAAAAAGGUAGUGCUAGAUAAACCACCUUGAAAGGGGAGGAUGCAAGCAAUGUUCAUUUGGCUUGUCAUAUAUAAUAAACUACAAAUGUUCGGAAAAAACAUCCACGCUGUGCCUUGUCCCUCCAUUCACAUUUCCUCUUGCUGCAGGAUUAUAAUCCUGCUGUGUGAAACUGGCUCAAAUUAAUAUACGGCAUCUGUACUAACAAUCUUGUAGGCUGAGAUUUCUUUGUCCGAGAAUUGCUAUGAUUACUUUCCUGACUUCUAAGAAUCAAGCAAGGCUCUUCUGAGAAUGUCUGUGGUUAAGUGUUCUUAGGCAGUCUAUAUAUGAUUGUCAGUAUCCUGUUGUAAACAAAAACAAUAGACCCUGGACAUACUGUCAUACACUCCUAAAUCCAAAUUAUGAUGCGUGCCAGAAUUCAUAAGCACUCACACACACACAUGCAUGCAUACGCACACUGACAAAUCCUCUCUCCCACAUACAUUACCUAAGAUGACUGAUGGGGUGUUUAUAGUGCAGUCUGUUCAUUUCAGCUCUACGGAAUAGCCGGUGGAAGCAGUGAAUUACUGUGUCCACACUAGAGGACAAGGCUGUCCUUGUACAGUAUCUGUUUCAGGAUUGGGUCUACAUAUCAGUACAUAUCAGUAUAUCUCUCUCUCACCCACUUUCUUUUGAGCGACCAGGAACAGAGUGUGAACAUUUCAAGAGUGCCUCACUUCAUCUGUGUCAGCCAGCUGCUCCUCAGACAGUUUGUCAAACAGACAGAGAGGGGUUGAUGAGAAAGAGAGAGAGAGAGAUUAGAUAAAUAAAGAAGCAGAAAGUGAAGUGAUUCUUAUACAACUCUAGAAAUGAAAGAUUUAAUUAAACCCUAAUUCUAAUUCUAAUUCCCCUCUUCCCUCCUCUCCCCUCUAUCCCCUCCUCUCCUCCUCCUCUCCCCCUCUCCAGAUGGGCGUUCUCUCCUCCUGUCCCCCUGUCUGUCGGAGACCCCCGAGGCACGGGUUCUAGACCGGGCGGUUCUAGAGUCGCGGGUGCGUGAGAUGGAGGAGGAGAACCGGCAGAUCCGCCUGCAGCUCAGCCAAUUGCAGGGCACGGCAGGCCAGCCCGCCGACGGUGGUAACUACGGCAACGUGGCGUGGGGGGCGUCAGCUGACACUGGGCCCGAGGACGUGGAGAACACGGCGGAAGAUAGAGCCAAUCACACCGAGUGUCCCCGUUCGCCCACCGUACUGAAGUGUGAGGUGAGCCAGGAUCAGAGACUUAUUUUAGAGCAGCACUGUUUUAGCUGUGUUAGUUUAGCUUCGCUGUUUGGUCAUUAGUGUUAAGUUGAUAUGUCAAAUCUAUUGUCAGUGGUGUUUGUGUUUUGGAUAAAAUAACAUAGUCAUAGUGAAAUAAUAUGGCUAUAGUGCUAAAACGUAGACAUAGGGAGUCGAUAUUCCCAACAGUGUUGAUGGCAUCGCUUGUGGCUAAUUCUGCCCUCUCUCUUCUGCGCAGCUGAUUCAUGUAGCGUGCGUGUGUGCCGGUCACAACGCCAGCAGAGAUGUGGUCACCCUGGUCAAGUCCAUCCUGUUCCACAGGUAACACAACAGAGCUACACAUACAACUACACCUACUGCUAUAACUACAGCUACACCUAAUAUAGCAACAAUAGUUGUUUAUUCUACUUGAUGAAUCCUAAACUAACAAGGCUGAAGUCAAUUCAAAGGCCACUUGAGAUAAUGAUUAAUUAAUUCAUUAUUGGACUCAUGGGAAGUUGUGUGACUUUAGGAAAUGGCAGGACCUUCUUAGUCAGAGAGAUUAAGCACUUGAGUAGCUCUUGGCAUAUGUAUUUCUCUCUCUCUCUCUCUCUCUCUCUCUCUCUCUCUCUCUCUCUCUCUCUCUCUCUCUCUCUCUCUCUCUCUCUCUCUCUCUCUCUCUCUCUCUCUCUCUCUCUCUCUCUCUCUCUCAGGAGAAACCCUCUCCAUUUCCACUUCAUCACAGAUGCAGUAGCCAAUCAGAUCCUGAGUUCUCUGUUCCAGUCCUGGAUGGUUCCGUCUGUACAAGUUAGCUUCUACGACGCAGACGAACUCAAGGUAAAUGACCCCCCCCCCCCCCCAUCUUUCCCCUUUACAGUAUUCUGUCCUCCUCUUUUGAUGAGCUCUAGCUCAGUGAUAGGCAACUCUGGUCCUUCAGGGGCCUGAGUGUCUGCUCUAUCUUUUAAAUCAGUGUUUAGGAAAUGAUUUGUGUGCCCUCUGUGAGCAACCAUUGACAUUAAAGGGAAUCCCACCACUUUCCAAUCAAUCAGUGGGCAGGUGAAAGAGACAUCCAGUAGACACGGGUUUCACAAGGAACGGAGACCAUCAUGUCACCUCAGACGUUUGUGUGUGGUAUGUGCAUGCACUGUGGGUGGGUGUGUGCGUGUAGAUUUGUCUCUUUGCUAUUGAUAAAGGGUUCAUACAGUAACAUAUUGUUGCUCAGCUCACAUACCAACCUGCCUCGGCCUGUAAUAUAUCUUGGCUCCGUCUCUGUCCCCAUCAUCACAUUCUCUCUCAGCCUCCACAAGCUUAGCAGGAACAAAAGCUCUUUGUGCUCUCAAAUGUCUCGACCUACUCAGACAGUUUUUAUUAGCUCAGUUCAAACGGAGAAGGAAACACUGCAUCUUCUGAGCUGAUUAUAUUUGCAAAUUAUUCGCUUAUGCAGAUCCCGUUCUGCAGAAUCAAGAGGGAUUAAUUAUCAGACACGGUUGCCCAGAUGCAUGCCAAAAGUUUCAGUAUUCAUUGGGUAUCCUGGGCAUGAAAACAAUUAUAUUUUUUAAAGAUUAAUGCUAUAGAGUAAACAGUAGUAACGUUCCAAUUGGUUCACCUCUGGUUUAAAGGGUGUUUUAUACUAAAGGGAUCUUAGGAGACGGAUGGGUUUCUGCGCAAGUUAGCUAUUUAAAGAAAGGAGAAUACACUUACAUGCCUGACAAAGAGACACAGUGGUAUUGCUUCUAACUACAUUUUUUUUCAUACCUUGCAACUUUAUAUUCCCUUUUCUUUUGAAAUCAAAAUGUUCUGUGAGGUCUAAAGUUGUUCAACCUCACUCUUGCUUUCUCUCUCCAUCCCUCCAUCUUCUCCUCUCUUCCAGUCGGAGGUGUCAUGGAUACCUAACAAGCACUACUCAGGUAUCUACGGUCUGAUGAAGCUGACCCUAACCAAAGCGCUGCCCUCUGACCUCACAAAGGUCAUUGUCCUGGAUACGGACAUCACCUUCGCAACCGACAUCGCUGAGCUCUGGGCCAUCUUCAGGAAGUUCACUGGUACAACCUUUGACCUUGAUAAACAUUUCUGGUUGAUUGGUUGAAUAAUUAAUACAUUGGUUGGGUGAUAAAGCAAAUGAGGGAAUUGUAAAAUGUUGGUUAUAAAACAAAAAUCCCUAGAGGACAAAAAUACCCUUUUGAUAAACUAGUAGUUCAAAAGCUGUCUAUAUGGUGAAGACUCCACCUCAUUACUAAUGAUAAUCAGCAUUUUAAAAUCCGGAUGAAUGAUGAUUGGUGAUGCUGUGAUUGCAGACAAGCAGGUGAUAGGUCUGGUGGAGAACCAGAGUGACUGGUACCUGGGGAACCUGUGGAAGAACCACAAACCCUGGCCCGCCCUGGGACGAGGCUUCAACACUGGGGUUAUCCUGCUCUACCUGGAGAGGCUGCGACGGAUUGGCUGGGAGCAGAUGUGGAGGCUGACCGCCGAAAGAGAGCUAAUGAGCAUGCUCAGUACCUCGCUGGCUGACCAGGUCUGUUUAUUCUAGUCUAGUCUAUUGUCUUUAUUCCAAAUAUUAUGAGAUACUCUUUAGAUCAUUACAUACAUAACAGAUGUUAAUAUAGGGCAGGGAUCAUCAACUAGAUUAAGCUGAGGGACGAUUUUUUUCUUGAGUGUAUGGUCAGAGGGCCGGAACAUAAUUACAAAUAAUUUGCAGACUGCAAAUUGACCGACAACAAGCUCUAAUGUUUGACUAAAACAUAAUCAUUGCUCACAUUUGUAGACGAACACGUGUCUCUCUAUUAUGCUUGGGAAUACUUGGGAACAGAUUUCUUGAAUUAAAAUCACUUGGAGCUGAUUUCCUGGUGUUUUUACAGUCAUUUAUGUCCAACAAUUAAAAUGAUUAAAAAAAUAUAUUGUAAAAAAUGUGCCCACGAGCCGUCAGUUGGGGAUCCCUGAUAUAGGGUAAUCUUAUGCCUCAAAGCAUACUGUGUAUGAGGCAGAUGGUAAUGUAAGUAUGUAGGACGUCUCUAAUGAACAUUUGGAGCAUGUGUCAAUGUGUACUAUUGUGUGCCAGAGUGCUAUAUGAUCUUAAUGUCAAAAUGAGUGUGUAUAAUACACUCUUAGAAAAAAAGGUGAUAUCUAGAACCUAAAGGGGUUCUUCAGCUGUCCCCAUAGGAGAACCCUUUGAAUAACCCUUUUUGGUUCUUGGUAGAACCCUUUUGGUUCCAGGUAGAACCCUUUUGAGUUCCAUGUAGAACCCUUUACAUAGAGGGUUCUACAUGGAACCCAAAAGAGUUGAACCUGGAACCAAAAAGGGUUAUCCUAUGGGGACAGCCAAAGAACCCUUUUGGAACCCUUUUUUCUUUGUAUUAGACAGGUGUUUAAUGUGAGUGGGUAAUCUUGUGUGCAGGACAUCUUUAAUGCGUUCAUUAAGCAGAACCCAGUCCUAGUGCAUCAGCUGCCCUGCUUCUGGAAUGUUCAGCUGUCUGACCACACACGCUCCGAACAGUGCUACACAGAGGUGUCUGACCUCAAGGUAGGGCUAUGCAGUGAAAUACACACACUCACAUACACACACCAUCAAGCGCACACGCACACACACACGCGCACACCAUAGCAAAACCCCUCACUUCUUUCCUUAAGAAUGUACUGCGUCUAGUCAUCUGGCUACGGGUCACCAUGGUAACAUGUUUAUGUCCCGUGUCAGGUGAUCCACUGGAACUCUCCUAAGAAACUUCGUGUGAAGAACAAGCAUGUGGAGUUCUUCAGGAACCUAUACUUAACCUUCCUUGAGUACGAUGGGAACCUACUAAGACGAGAGCUGUUUGGCUGCCCCAGCCAGGCCACCUCAGAGAGUGUACGGGUAAGUAAAACAUUACCAUAAUGUUAACCAUAACAUUUAACAAACCACUCCCUAACACCUCAAAGAGGUUUUAACAUUCACCAUACCCUUUAUUCACCAUACUAUGAUAUCCAUGGACAUCCAGCCAGAAUACAACAGAGAGUGUACAGGUGUACCGCAUGGUCUCGUCACCUCUGACUGCAUGGUGUCAUGAAACCAUGUUAGCCUAUUAGAGUGAAUAUUUACAAUCUAAACAUUGGUUUUGACCUCCCUCUGUCCAUCCCUCUCCAGUUACAAGAAGCUCUGGAGGAGCUGGAUGAAGAAGACCAGUGUUAUGACUUCCGGCGGGAGAGAAUCACAGUGCACCGCGUUCACCUUUACUUUCUGCAGUACGAGUACACGCCCACCGGGGACGACACGGACGUCACGCUGGUCGCACAGCUCUCCAUGGACAGGUAAACACUCACCUUAUACCUCUGACCCUACUGGCCUUUGGUUUACUAGUUGUUGGAGAUGUGAGCAUGAAUUUAUUAUUACGUUAUGGCUCAUGAGGAGUGCAGCUCUCCACAAAUAUGAUUGUAUUUCGCUUCUUUCUCUACUUCCUCCUCUUCCUCUUCCCCCUCCUCUACCUUUUCAUCUCUACUUCCACCACUGCUUUUAUAAUCAUUAUGUACUAUACAUCUCUGUAUCUCUACUUCUCUAUUUUAAUCAUCAGUUUUAUAUCAUUUCUAUUUCUCUCAGGUUACAGAUGCUGGAGGCCAUAUGUAAGCACUGGGAAGGCCCUAUCAGCCUGGCACUGUACAUGUCAGACGCUGAGGCCCAACAGUUCCUGCGUUACGCCCAGGCCUCCGAGGUGCUGAAGAACCGUAAGAACGUGGGCUACCAUAUCGUUUACAAGGAGGGCCAGUUCUACCCCGUCAACCUGGUGAGAAAUGUGGCACUGAGGAACGCCAACACACCCUAUGUGUUCCUGGCAGACGUGGACUUCCUGCCCAUGUACGGCCUCUAUGAUUACCUCAGGUGAGUUGUAGUUCUUCCUGAAGAUGUUCCAUCAUAAACAUAGACCGAACACUGGCUGAAGAAAUGUAUUAAAAUGUAGUCAUUUAGCAGCCAGUUUUAAUCCAAAGCAAUUUACAGACAACAUAUGUAUGAUGUUCAUAUAUGGCCCACGUGGGAGUCGAACCCACAGCUAAGGUGUUGCCAGCAAUGCAUUCCAACCAACUAGUGGCAGCUGUGGCUCUAGCUGAUGUACAGUAUUGGUUGUAAAUUAAUGGUUUCUCUAUCUUAUCCCCACAGAAAGUCAGUGGUCCAGUUAGACAUGGCCCACACUAAGAAGGCUCUGGUGGUACCGGCCUUUGAGACGCUGCGCUACCGCCUCUCCUUUCCCAAAUCCAAAACUGAGCUGCUGUCCAUGCUGGACAUGGGGACCCUCUACACCUUCAGGUACACCAGCACUAACAGCUCACCCCAUUGAUCAAUCUUGCUUGUAGAUCAAGGGGUUUGAUUGGCCCUUCUGAAAUAGACCCAGAUGAGAUAACUUGGAGCAUCCUGCCUGAUUUUGGUAGUAUAUUUAGUACAUUGAUUAUAUUGAUACGUUGAAGUCAUUUGAUAAUAUGUAUACAGUGCAUUCGGAAAGUAUUCAGACCCCUUGACUUUUUCCACAUUUUGUUACGUUUCAGCCUUAUUCUAAAAUUGAUUAAAUAAAAAAUGUUCCUCAUCAAUCUACACACAAUACCCCAUAAUGACAAAGCGAAAACAGGUUUUUAGAAAUGUUUGCAAAUGUAUUAACCUUAUUUACAUAAGUAUUCAGACCCUUUGCUAUGAGACUCGAAAUUGAGCUCAGGUACAUCCUGUUUCCAUUGAUCAUCCUUGAGAUGUUUCACCUGUGGUAAAUUCAAUUGAUUGGACAUGAUUUGGAAAGGCACACACCUGUCUAUAUAAGGUCCCACAGUUGACAGUGCAUGUCAGAGCAAAAACCAAGCCAUGAGGGCGAAGGAAUUGUCCAUAGAGCUCCGAGACAUGAUUGUGUCGAGGCACAGAUCUGGGGAAGGGUGCCAAAAAAUGUCUGCAGCAUUGAAGGUCCCCAAGAAGUGGCCUCCAUCAUUGUUAAAUGGAAGAAGUUUGGAACCAGCGAGACUCUUCCUAGGGAUGGCCGCCUGGCCAAACUGAACAAUCGGGGUAGAAGGGCCUUGGUCAGGGAGGUGACCAAGAACCCGAUGGUCACUCUGACAGAGCUCCAGAGUUCCUCUGUGGAGAUGGGAGAAACUUCCAGAAGGACAACCAUCUCUACAGCACUCCACCAAUCAGGCCUUUAUGGUAGAGUGGCCAGACGGAAGCCACUCCUCAGUAAAAGGCACAUGACAGCCCACUUGGAGUUUGCCAAAAGGCACCUAAAGGACUCUCAGACCAUGAGAAACAUGAUUAUUUUAUCUGAUGAAACCAAGAUUAAACUCUUUGGCCUGAAUGCCAAGCGUCACGUCUGGAGGAAACCUUGCACCAUCCCUACGGUGAAGCAUGGUGGUGGCAGCAUAAUUCUGUGGGGAUGUUUUUCAGCGGCAGGGACUGGGAGACAAGUCAGGAUCGAGGGAAAGAUGAAGGGAGAGAUGAGCAGAUUAAAGUACAGAGAGAUCCUUGAUGAAAACCUGCUCCAGAGUGCUCAGGACCUCAGACUGGGGCGAUGGUUCACCUUCCAACAGGACAACGACCCUAAGCACACAGCCAAGACAACGCAGGAGUGGCUUCGGGACAAGUCUCUGAAUGUCCUUGAGUGGCCCAGCCAGAGCCCGGACAUGAACCCGAUCGAACAUCUCUUGAGAGACCUGAAAAUAGCUGUGCAGCGACUCUCCCCAUCCAACCUGACAGAGCUUGAGAGGAUCUGCACAGUAGAAUGGAGAAACUCCCCAAAUACAGGUGUGCCAAGCUUGUAGCGUCAUACCCAAGAAGACUCGAGGCUGUAAUCGCUGCCAAAGGUGCUUCAACAAAGUACUGAUUGAAGGGUCUGAAGACUUAUGUAAAUGUGAUUUUUCCGUUUUUAAUUUUUAAUAAUUUUGCUAAAAUUUCUUCGACAUGUUUUUGCUUUGUCAUUAUGGGGUAUUGUGUGUAGAUUGAUGAGGGGGGGGGGGGACAAUUUAAUCAAUUUUAGUAUAAGGCUGUAACGUAACAAAAUGUGGAAAAAGUCAAGGGGUCUGAAUACUUUCCGAAUGCACUUCAUGCAAUCUAGUUCAAAACUAUUAUUAACACACCUGUACACGUCUCUCUCUCCUUGCCUUCCCCAGGUAUCACGUCUGGACCAAGGGCCAUGCUCCUACCAACUACGCCAAGUGGCGGACAGCCACCACGCCCUAUAAGGUGGAGUGGGAGGCGGACUUUGAGCCCUAUGUGGUGGUUGAGGCGGGACUGUCCUGUGUACGACCAGCGCUUCGUGGGCUUUGGCUGGAACAAGGUCUCCCAUAUCAUGGAGCUGGAUGCACAGGUACAGUAUGGAGGAUAGUGGUGGGGUGUUAGAAAUAGAAUAUAUUUAUUUUCCUCCAGGACACAUUAUCACACCACAAUACAUUUACACACACUGUGUAGACCAAACAACCAUAGCAGACAAGACGGGCAGACAAUGAGAUGUAGUUAAAGUCUGGAUACACAAAAAAAUGGUUGUUAAAAUGGUUUGUUACAGAUUUUAUCCUCAAAGACUCUACUCCCAAAUAAUCUGCACAUAAUAACUCCUUAUGAUUUCAGUUUAUUCCAAAACCUCAACUCAUGUUUGGAAUCCUGUUAAGGUUAUGCUAAUGAUCAGAUCAGAUGUGAUUCGCAGUAGACCUCUGUUAUUAGGUUUAAUGCUUUCGCUAAGUCAGGAAUAAUAGCUAUUGUAACGGCCAAUAAAUCAAAGUCAAGCUGUGACCUUUCAGUGUUCAACACCUCAGAGCAAAGAACGUGACUUUGUUUCCCGUGUCUUAAAUGAUUCAGUCACAGCCGGGACUGCAGAUGAGUAUUAGCUACGUAGCUAAAAUGCUAAAAUGUGGUGCCUGUUGUACAUGGACCUUGUCCAAUAAACAAAUUAAAUAAAUGAACUUUUUCCCGCCAUUCCCACCCCCCAGGAGUACGACCUGAUGGUUCUGCCCAACGCGUUCAUGAUCCACAUGCCACACGCACCCAGUUUCGACAUCUCCAAGUUCCGCUCCAGCCCGAGCUACCGCUACUGCCUGCAGACCCUGAAAGAAGAGUUCCACCAAGACCUGUCCCGGAAGUACGGCGCAGCUGCCCUCAAGUACCUUACUGCUCAGAGGAACAUCUAA